AUGUAUCCUCCAACUUCGUCAAGUCCAGAUCGUUCUCCCAUUCUGCGGUAUCGUUGGUCCCACGGAGGCUUAUCUCCAACAUCCCACGGUCUAUCGCCAUUCCCUUCAUACAUCAAUUCCUCUCUGAUUCUCUCCGGAGAAAGCUUCAAUUCAGGGGACAGCCUGAACCGCACCUGCCCGGUCCAUAUGUCGGACUUCCUCCUGGUACCCGUCCUGAGGAAGCGGAGCUGUAUAGCUCUAAUGGUUACCCGUGCGUGCAAAGAUAUCGAAGCCGCCCUUGAGAAGACCGGGACUCGUAGAAUGAUUAUGGGACAUACACCAGACUUCGAAAAUAACAAGUCCUAUUGCGGUGAAAAGAUCGUCAUCAUUAUCGACACUAGUAUGUCUGAAUCUCAAAACACGUUUAUCUCUGGUAAUGACAUUCUCCCAGGCAUUUCACGUCAAUACGUUACCGGGCCUGUGUAA